AUGCCGGGCCACUCAUUUUUAUUUAUAUUAAUAUUUCUUUGUACUCUGGCCAAAGCGAAAUUACCAAUAUUGUUCCCACCGACGGCACCCACAAGAAUACAGUGGAUUGUUGGUAUUGGUAUACCAUUGGAUAAUUUACGUUUCGAGGCCAUGACCUCGGGAUAUGUACUCAAGGCUGAAUAUUUCCUACCCGAAACCGUUGAUCAAUUGCGAACUAAAAGCCGUUUGCCCAUCACCGCUAGAAAUCUGAAUGGUCCGACGAAAUUUGAAAAAUUCAUUGUCGACGAGAAGGCAUUGUCCACAACGAACAACAGCAGCAACACAAAUCAGCCAGAUUUUGUAAAGCAACGCAAACACAUACGCGCCAGCUAUCGAUGGACGGUGUACAAAGGACUGGAGGGUUUAGCUACGAGGAUGGGUUUGUCUGGCCGUGAAUGCAUGCUGAAGAGUAUUUGUGAGGCUGCGGAGAAACCUUUUCAUGUUUAUAAUGGACUAUUUGGUGAAUUGUUACAUAUUCUAUUGACGCCCACCUCUUCAAAGGAUGAUUUGUCCACACAUGCCGACAAUGCAUAUUUCUAUGCCGAACAUAUGGGACGCAGUGGAGCAAAUUGUGAUCGAGUUUUUCGGGGUUGUCCACGCUCUUUGUUGGAUCAUUUUUCAGAUUUUCCAAAAUUAUCAAAUAAUAUUAUGUCAUUAAUAGGAUAA